AAUAUAAUGAUGCUACCCUGAAUUGUAUUUUAAAAGUGCUCUUUCUUCAAAAAUAGUUCAGGAAAUAAUACAUGUAUUUUUCCAUCCCAGUGUUCUGCAAGUUUUAUUUUUAAAAUAUUAGACUGAGAGUUAGUGAUUGGUCUGAUUGGGAGCCUCAAAAAGAGGUAGGGAUGAACACAGAUUUUCUUACAUAUAGCCCAACAUUAAGUUCUUUUUUAAAUUGUCUCUCUGAAGAUGGUUAAUUAGUAGCCACUUUUUCUUCUGCUUUGUUGUGUUCAUUUCUCCAAGACUGCCCAGCCAAGUCCCUGCAAUUUUUCUGGCAAGGUUUUUCAGAAAUAGCUUGCCAUUGUCUCCUUCCUAGACCAAAUGCUACAAGAUUAAAACAGAAGAAAUAUUAUGCAUGGCCAACAACCACCCUUCCUCAUGAAAGCAAUAUUAUUUUGAGGGUAUUGCCUUAUUUUUUUCCUGCCAAGAAGCUUCUGGUACGUGCAGAGCCAAAGGAAAGCACCUAGUUUCCUCUGAAUUUGAAAACGGGUGGUUCUCCUCUGAACACAAUGAUAUCUGAGAUUAUUCAUGAAAUAGAGAUCAUUUACACAUCCCUGUAAUUACUCCAUAUUGUAAGAAUUAGCAAGAAUAGUUGUUUUUGGUUUUUGGAUACUUCUCAAAUGUUCAAAAAAAUCAAUAAAUAUCAGAUUCCCUGAGGCCAAAUUCUUUCAGAUCACCACCUAGCAUCAAACUGUAAUUCUUAGCCUAGGGGUUUUAAUAAAAAGCACAGAAAAUUACACACUGCAUUUUACACUUUGCAUUCCUCCACAGAUUUUUUUUAAAAUGAAUGAAAUUAUAACUAACUGCCUAUAGAUGGCACUGUUUUGCAAAUAAUGUUUAUUUUAAGUGCUUUUUUUUUUUUAAUUGAACUGGUGACUUCCUUUUUCCAGUAUGAAAUUAUUUGAAAGGCCACAUUAUGCAGAGUUUCAAAAAGUAUUACACUAUUAGCAUAAAAAGAGUAUGUGUCCAUAGAUCAUCCUAGAAUCUCAGGUGGAUUUUUUUUUUCUUCCUGCGCAUUAUCCUCACAUGGUAAAGAUCCUAGAAACAUUUUCAAUUUGUUUUAAAGUAAUAUUCGUUUUACUGAUAAUAGUUUAUAUAGCUUGUCAGUUGAGAGGACUAAGGUCCUUCAAACAGCCAGGGCCUAUACCAUGCAGGACUUUAUCAUUAAUAACCACAUCUUGAAUUGCAAUUGGAGACCGACUGGCAAUCACUCAGUGGUGGAUUUCAAAAUUUUUACUACCAGUGGGUGUGGCUUGGUGGGCAUGGCAGGGGAAGGUUACUGCAAAAUCCCCAUUUCCUCCCAAUCAGCUGGGACUUGGGAGGCAGAGAAUAGAUGGGGGCAGGGCCAGUCAGAAUUUUUACUACCGAUUCUCUGAACUACUCAAAAUUUCUGCUACCGAUUCUCCAGAACUGGUCAGAACCUGCUGAAGCCCACCUCUGCAAUCAAUGCAGUUUGUGUAGCUGCAGCAGUUUCUUAACUCCUUUUUUUAAAAAUGCAAAUGAGAAUUUGGUCCUUUGCCUUCAUAGUUUUUUUCCCCUUAUAGUUGCCUUUUCACUUUCCUCCUUUGAAACUUUUAGGCCAGACAUAUCAACAGCUUCGUAUUUAAGUAUAUAUCUAGAGUUAAUGAUGGUGAAAACCAUUUUCCACAGCUAAUUAUAACUUAUUUGGCAUCCUCAUAAUGCCAUGCAGACAGAUUUUAUUUGUAAUAAUAGAAUCUUGGGAUUGAAAAGUUGGAAGAGAAUCAUCUAUGCUAACCUGAAGCAAUGUACAGGAAAAUCCCUUAAACUAUCCAUGAGCAAAUGUUUUCCAGUCUGUUUCUUAAAAAUCUACAAAGAUGAAGGGCUCAUCAUUUUCAUUUUGGUGAUAUUUAAUCAAAUUAAAGUUGAGAUUUUUAUUGGAAGAAGGUGGUACCAUCUAAAGAAAAAAUUAUUUAGAAGACAGAAGGCAUUUUUUUUAUCAUUAGCCCUUCUAACUGAGGGCCUUCCAUGUGGAAAUUCUGAUGCAGUGAAUCAAUGAAAUGACUAAUGGUGCAGUGGAGGCUUGGAAUUACAAAUUGCUUUAAUUGAUUUCUGUACAAAUGACAUUACAUUCAUGGGCACAGAACUAUACAAUAUACUACUGCCUUGUGCUUGAUGUGUUUGUGUCCCCAUUUGAUGAAUUUCUGGCUGGCGGUACUGUACAGAUCCUAGCAACAGGUUGGUAUAAUUAAGGUAAAAGAGCCUGAAUGCAGAAUUACCAACUUGCCAGCAUUAGUAGUUUGAAAGACAAUGGAGGUCUACUAUCGUGGCAAGCAAAACAACAGCUGUUAUUUUAAUGUUGAGAAGAAGGGAAAGAGAUGUGUGUUUUAAACAUGGAACAGCAAAGAUAGAAUUUGCUAUCCCCUACGUAUCCCAUUAAUAUCCAGAAAGAAAGCACUGAGUGCUGAUCACACUUUGAAUUCAGGGUAAGUUCAGACAGGGUAAGCAAAACCUGGCUGACAGUUCAUUCUGAGUGCUAGAUUUGGAAACGUCUAAACAUGGCCUCAUUAAUAGCAUUCUGGUAUUUAAAUAGAUCUUAAGUAGUUGAUCCAGCCCAUGUUUAUUUUGUGCACAUUUCAUAUUGGAUUUGUCAUGCUGAAUUCAGAAGUUUUGGAAAAUAAGGCUUGUUUUCUGGAAAAACCCAGUAGAAAUAUCUUCUGACUGAUCAUGUCUCAUUUGCUUAUUAUUUUUUUUUUCAAUCAUGAAACCACAAACCUUGAACACGGUGCUCAGAAACGUUUGCUCAUUCUGUUUGAAAGUCUCCUUUUUGCUUAACAUAAUCUUGAUGUAAUUACCUCUGAACCUCAACUGUGAUUAAAAGAUCAGGAUUGUCUGUGGGCACCUAGUUCCUUCCUCAGUUUUCUCUUUUUUUGUGCAAGUUUCCCAAACGUCCUCUAAUAUAUUAAAGAAUAGAUGAAGAACAUGGGCACAUGCUGAGUCCUGAACAACAAUUCCCUUCCAUUUUUACAAUGACCCUGAAGUAAGGAUAACUCCAGGCCAUGUACAUAGGCAACGUUGUACUACUGCUUCUCUUGUUGAUGCUGAUGGUGGACAACUCAUUGACACAUGAUUCUGAGGAUGAUAACUGCACCACCAUUACUAUUGAAAGAGGUACAAAAUACUAUAGAAAUCUUGGUGACUCAGCCAUUCUAGAGUGCCCGGUGACCUACUGCAUCAAAAAGCCUAGAAUGAAUUGGUAUAUGCUGAACAAGAAGGAAGAGAAGUUCCAUAUUUUGUAUACUAAAAAAGAACGGUUCACUUCAUGGAUAAAUGAAAAGAAGUUUGCUUUGAAUUUUCAAUCAGUUCAUAAAAAUGACAGUGGGCAAUAUCUCUGUGAAGCGAUAGUAAGAAAAAAUAAACUUGCGAGUCAUGUUGUAGAAUUAAUUGUUCAAGAUCACAGGAACUCAUCACUGAUUCUAAGUACUACAAAUACUACAGAAGAUCAGAAACUACCUGAAAAGAACAAGAUGUUGAUUAUGAUUUAUUCCAUAUCAUCCCUUGGUACUCUGUUCCUCAUUGUUGGCUGCUUUGGAUGGCUGUAUUUCACAAGGCGGCAUCAAGUAAAAAAUGCCCAGAAAGUAAAAAACCCAGAAAGUGGAAAUAACAGGAACACUCAACACUGCAAUGAUAGCAUGACUCAUGUCUCAGAUGAGGGAGCCAUCUUUAAUGAAGAUUCCAUGCCUUGCUUGUUUCAAGUUCCCAAUGGGAAUCAGGACAAUUACCAGAAGGCAUCUAGAACCAAUCUAAGUUCAAUGAAGUUCAAUGAAGGUUUACCAGGAUAUAAAGAGGACUCAGUUAUUUAUGCAACAUUAAACCAUGGAGAACUUUUUCAGGGAACCAAGCCCCCUGAAGAAAUUCAAUUGACAGAAUAUGCCAUCAUUAGACUGAAGAACUAAAGGUUUUAUGUUCUCUAGCAUAACACCACUUAUACUGUUUCUAUUUGGAACAUUCUUCUGGGAAAAAAUUAUUAUUUAUUUGCCAGAUAAUGCAUAGUUAAAGUGAAUCACAUUUUUUAUGCAAUUGCUCUCUCUAUUUCCAUGUGGCUAUCUGAUGUAUCACUGUAUAACUGGACAUUUGCUGACUCAGCAAUUGGUAUUCCUGUUUCAGGGCACCAUCUCUGAUAUGUUUGCGAUCCUUCCCAUAGAAUUUUAUUGGUAAAUUUUUUGCAGAGUAGGUCUUGAGGUCUUUUUCCAACACUGUAACUCACUUCUCAACAGUUGCCCAGGGACAGCAAUUGCCAUGGUCCUUAUAAACCCAGGUGAUAACCAAUCCACUAUGAGAUUCUUUUUCUGUUGUCUCUUUAUGAUUAAUGGGUUUGUGGAUACUCUUCUCAGUUGAGACCUAUAUAGUUUGAGUGACCCUUCUGAUAUACUUUCUGGUGAUAUACCUCCAGCAUAGUCCUCAAUGUUAACAGAACACAUGACAAGGGAGUAGCCACAUGAAGGAGUUUCUAUGUAUAUAGCAAUUCCAUGGGUAUUUUAUAGCAAAUAAAGCAAAAUGGUAAUAUAAUAGCUAUAGCACUUAGAUUUAUAUACUGCUUCAUAGUGCUUUAAAGCCCACUCUAAGUGGUUUACAGAGUCAGCAUAUUGCCCCCAACAAUCUGGACCCUCAUUUUACUGAUCCCGGAAGGAUGGAAGAUUGAAUCACCUUGAGCCAGUCAGAAUUGAACUCCUAGCAGUGAGCAUUGAGUUAGCUUGCAAUACUGCAUUCUAACCUCUACACCUAUCUUUGUUAGGUAGCAGCAUUUGCCUAUUACAGAUUAUAUCAAGAUUUCUGGUAACUUCAAAGAUAUUUAUAAAAAUAUAAGUCACAACUAAUUGCUAUUUUCAUGUAUAUAGCAAUUAAUUGUGACUUACAUUUUUAUUAAUAUCUUUGAAUUUACUAGAAACCUUGAUAUAAUCUAUAAUAUAAUCUAUAGUAUACUAUUUUGAAACUAUCUGGUAAACAUAAUUGCUUUCUUCCCUACAGGAUACAAAGGGUAUUAAAAAGAUAGAUGGGGUGACUUCAACAAUUUUGGUUCUUCAUGCAUUCUUUGCUUCCUUAGGAGUAUGGCCCUUAAUACAAAAAAAUUGACUCUCUCUGAUCAAAUCCAUGACAUUAUUGAUUUCAUGAGCAGUUUAUUACUGAGCUGUUUUUUCAGAAGAUAUACAUGAAUGUUUUAAUCUGUAUUCUAUAAAAAAUUAGAAAUAGAUAUCAAUUGCUUAACAAAAAUCAAUGAGUUGUCUGAGGAAUUAAAACUUGUAUUCUAUUUAUUUACUGCAUUUUCAAUUCAUUGUGUAAUUAUUGGGGAAGCUCAACAACUAACUGGUGUUGCAGAAGCUAUUCUAAUGUGAUCUUCUCAAAAAUAUAAUUUAUUGAAUAACAAGGGAUAGACAAACUAUGGCUUAAUGCAACAUGCAAUUUCUGGUUAUUCAGAGAUAUUGAGAUCAGAUGACAUUCUCCAUUAUAACCCAGGCUUUUACUGUCUUUUGUCCAUUAUGUUCUGAUAUAGUUUUGAGGGCUAAUGGAUGCUUUUUUUGAUUACCAUCUGCUAAGAACAACUGGAGGAAAUGUCUAUGUCCAGGUUUUAGGCUUCCAGAGAUAAAGUUACCCAUACAAUAGCAAACAGGAUGCUGGCCUAGUUGGAUAUUUAAUCUAUUUAAUGAGGCAUGUUUAUAUCUCUGUUGAUUAAUUAAAUCAGUAUUUGGUUUUCCAAGUGAAUGUUCAAAGCAAUUGACCCCUCAAAUUCUAGGAAAUGACUGUGAGUCAUACAGUUCCUACUCCUAAAACUUACUAAUAUUGAAGCAGGAAGUGGAUGUGACUAUUUAAAAAGUGAGUCUAAAAAUUAGUAGCACUGAUGCAAAGUUCAUUACUCCCAAAAUAUGUUGACCUUAGUUAAUAUUCGUCUAAUGAUUGUAAGGUCAUCACAUUUAUUUUGAUAGAAGGAUUAUAGUCUAUCUCUUGCUACUUCGGAAGGCAAGCAAUAUGCCUCCAAAAGUAAAAUAAAAUGUAAAAGGCACAUAGCAUCAGUAAGAAUGCAGACUAACUGAAAGAACAAGAACAAUAAUUGAAUGAAUUACUCUCUCUUUGAGUUGAAAAAUGUAAUACUAAGAAAAACAGGAAACAUCACCAAAACAGACACAUUACAGAGGAAAGUGUGUUUUUCACAGAUAAGAGGGGGCUGUGCAGUUCAUAAAAGGAAGUGAAACUGCAUAUAAAUGAGUUCAGUUAGAAUCUUUGGUGGAAAUAACAGCAUAAGAAUACAAUGCUUGUUUUCAUCUGCAGGGGAAAAAACCUAGUCCCUUCCUGUCAAAAUUACCUGAUAAUCAGUUAUGUCACUAUUUAUCUUCAGCCAAUAAAUGUUUAUGUCAUCAUAAUGCUAAGCUAGUCUUCCCUGAUUUACCAUCCUCUAAAAACCAUACGGGAUGCGGUGGCUCAGGGGUAGGACAUUUAGCUUGUCGAUCGAAAGGUCAGCAGCUCAGCAGUUCGAAUCCCUGGUACUGCCAUGUAACGAGGUGAGCUCCCAUUACUUGUCCCACCUUCUUCCAACCUAACAGUUUUGAAAGCACGUAAAAAUGCAAGUAGAAAAAAUAGGGACCACCUUUGGUGGGAAGGUAACAGCGUUCCGUGCGGCUUUGGUGUUGAGUCAUGCCGGCCACAUGACCACAAGACACAGAGAUGUCUUCAGACAGCCUGGCUCUUCGGCUUUGAAACGGAGAUGAGCACCACCCCCUAGAGUCAGCAACGACUAGCACAUAUGUGCGAGGGGAACCUUUAGCUUUACCUGAAAACCAUAUAUGUAUACUAUUACAUGUAUGUAAUCGUAAACAUUCUUGAAUUACACCUAAAGUUCAUAGAAUUGACAUCGCACUCUGACCUGGUCCAGAUUAUAUCUCAUAUUUAUAUAAGUCCAAGAAUCUAGUUUAAAGAUCUGCCAUACUGAUGAACAUAUGUUUUCAAAUUACAAGAAAAAAAUAUUAGUGCUUUUAAAUAGUAAGCAGAUGGCUUUAGAAAGAACAGUCUCUGGGAGAAUUUAAAGCAAAAUUGGGUUUAUCAAAUAUAUUGUGGCUGUUUCUGUUGAUGAAAAAUAUAUUCCCUUCCAGCACUUCAGUUCUAUGAUUUUAUUGUUUAGAACCCACGAUAACUCACUGCAAAGUCUUUCAGGUGUACCCAUCAUAUAUAUUUAUUUCACAGAAACUAUUUUUAUUAACCUUUCUUUUACUCAUGUUCAAGUGAAGAUUGGCUUCUGCCGCUUAUGGAACCUAUAUUUAGCCUGUCUUAUUCUAAGCAUAAAACUCAUCCCCUAUAGUUAUAGGAGUAUUUGAGUUUCAUGUUAAUCUAUCACAAACCUUUAGUAUUUGGCUCUUAUCCCUCAAGAAUUUGUCAGUCAAUAAAUAAACUGUUAUAUAAUGCUGUUGUAAAUAUUUACACAUAGAUACAUAUCAUUUUUUUCUAGACAAUUCUGUGGUAGGGUAAUAUUUGAUCCAUCUCAACUAAGUUUUGUAUUUGUUACCAGUUUUACCAAUUUUAAUGUGUGAAAUAUUGUUUAGUAUAAGUGUGGAUUUAAGGUGGAUAACUAGCAAAAUAGGUUUGUCUCUAUUAAGCAUUUAUUAAUUGAAUAUUUUUCAUUGCUGAAGUUACUUGUUUCCCUGAAAAUAAGACCCAUCCCAAAAAUAAGCCCUAGCAGGUUUUUUUAUGUGUGUGCCUAAUAUAAGCCCUACUGACAAAACAAGCUCUACUUAAGAGUCUGCUCAGACCGCUAGGAGCCCACUCCAUCUGUUGCUUGUGGAGCCGUGGUCACAAGACAAGGGGGGGGGGAACUGCCCCCAUGUGCCCUGCAACAGCAGUGUCCCUACACCAGGCCAUCCAUGCCCUGACACCUGUCUCAUGGCAGUAGCACCAGCAGCCAUGUACAACAGGAGCCAAUGUGGCUGCCGGCCCUCUUCUUCCUCUGCUUGCUUGUGGCAAUGAAGCAGGAAGACGAGCAGUGUGCUGGUGCCCCGACCAUGAGGCAAGGCAGGUGUCAGGGUAUGGAUGGCCUGGCUAUGGGGACCCUCAGGUAAACUGGUGUGGGAUGCGUGGGGCAGCUCUACUCCCCCACCCCAUGGUGCCACUGGCACACCACAUGGCUUCUUACUUGCUGCAUGGAAGCAGAAGUGGGCCGUACAUGGGGGCAAAAGACACUCCAAAAAUAAGCCCUAGUGCUUAUUUUGAGGCCCAGAAGAAAAUAAGACCCGGUCUUAUUUUUGAGGAAACAAGGGGAUAUAAUAAGCACAUAAAAUCAGCAAAUGUCUCUUCAGCCUCAGGAAACUGACCGUGAGAACACAAAGAGCCUUGAUCAUCCAGCCAAGUUUUCAUUGAAUUCACUUUUUAUGCUAAAACCAAGACAUGAAGGAGAAACAUAUAGGAAUAUAGCAUAUUCUCACAUGUUUCCCAAUAACUGGAACUGAAUGAUCUUCUGCUUUAAGUAGUAAAGGUAUUUAUGUACCCAAAAGAAAGAGGAAACUUUUCUCUACCAAAAUAACAACUUGUGAAUUUCAGGAAGGGGACAUUUGCAAAAUAGAGGCAGAUGAAUUUAAAGAGAAUAUAGUUAUUAAAGAGAGAAACUGUUUCUGGUUCUCUCUGACUAAGGAUUCAAGACAGAUUUUGUGGAGCCCAUAAAUGGAAAAUCUCUUAUCUUUAGACUCUACAUGGUUAUCCUUGAGUGCUCUUAUAUGGUAAAUGUCUUUUUAGCCUCUUUAUUACUAUGCAAUCAUUCGCUCUAAACCCAGAUAACUUUUUUUCCUGCCCUCUUUCUCUUUUCUCUUCUGUAUUUAUCUCCUGGCCUUUCUUGUCUCUUCCUCAUGCAGUUUUAUUUUUCCCCACUCCAUAAAAUAUGUCGAAGACUGGAAUUAAAAUAUAUCUUAUAAUAUUAGCACCUAAGAAAAACAUAAAAAUGCUGAAAAUAGUAAGGCUGAAGGUUUGAUGAUGUAACUGGUGAAAUGUUAAAAUAUAGAUAUGAUUGUAUAACAUAUGGAAUAGUUGUAUAACAUGUUCUAUGUGUGUAUAAGGAGCAGAGCUUGUAUCAUGACAUCCUGAAACACAUAUCAUUUGGUGGUGAAACCUCCUGCAGAUGGUCUUGUCUACUAGAAAUGUGUAUUGCUCACCCACUUGGGGAUUUCUUCUCAGAAAUCUGUGCCUAUCAUUCUUUGUCUACUGGCGAAUAGAAUUAGAAUCGAAUCGAAUAGAAUAGAAUAGAAUAGAAUAGAAUAGAAUAGAAUACUAUACUAUACUAAACUAUACUAUACUAUACUAUACUAUACUAUACUAUACUAUACUAUACUAUACUAUACUAUACUAUACUAUACUAUACUUUAUUGGUCAAGUGUGAUUAGACACACAAUUUGUCUCUGGUGCAUAAGCUCUCAGUGUAUAUGCAAUUUCAGUGUAAUGGCACUUAUUUCCAGUCAGUGGCAAUACAAGAAUUUCUUGAUUUUUAUUUCAGCCUACAAUUGGAUUUUUCUUAGAGAAACUGUUUAAAAACACUGUCUGUAGCACUUAAGUUUGGGGAAUGUUUUGACGUUACCCUUGCCCCACAUCCGAAAUUUCCAAAAUUUAUACAUUUUUCACAUCAUUCCAUAGCUAUUCUGGAGUAUAGAGGCUAAUCGUGGACAGCAAAUAAACUGUCCACUUAUAUAUCCUCUUAAAAGAAUGUUGGACUUCAAUACAAAAUCACACCUUUGUAUUGGAGAGACAAUGUUUUCUGAUAUAUUUCUCAUAUAAUUUUGUGUAGAUACAAUCUGUAUAUUUUUGAAAUUUGGCAAUGAUUCAAUAGUAAACAUAAAUCAACAAAGAAACAAACUAAAUCAAUAUUGGCAUUGAUGGUAAGUUGUCUUAGAUCAGUGGUCCCCAAUCUUUGUGGCUUGGUGGCCCGACUGGGGGAGAGAGGGGAACCGGCCCACCACUCACACAGCACAUGUGAAUUGAGCUGUAUGCGGACACAUGCACUCCAACCCACUUCUCAAUGGCCCAGUUCCAAACAGGCUGCGGCCCUAUCUUAGAGAAAGAACUUUGCUACUACCUAACCUUGCUUUAUGGAAUCCACUAAGCAACAAAAUAUCAACUCCAAUCCAUUAAAACUUCAGUCCAUCACCACAAUCAAGUCUUAAAUAACCAUAUUAUGAUAUGAUUUGCAACACAUACAUCCAGCUACACUAUGAUAAAGAAGUAUGAUUCUAAAGGACUUACAUUUGACACAAAACAAUAUACUCAGAUGCCAGAUCAUAAGUGUUCAAAAGACAAACUAUAUAUAGUUUGUACCACAGGGUUUCAACAAUUAGUUUACUCAAGGGCUGGGAAAGUUGGGAGGUUUUCAAUGAUUCAAUGUUAUCAGGAUGGGAGCUUGAAGGUCUCUCAGGUAAUGCUGCUCCAGAAGGCAGACAUCAUCAUAGAGAAAAUAAACUUCCUGAGUCCCAAUAAAUGAUACCCAAAGCACACCCAUUCUACUCAAUUGUACUCGAUGGGGAAAAACUGUCAGAGACUGGCAAUCCCUCAAAUCACUGCUCCUAUUCUAUGAAAGGCUUAUAGGUAUCUUGAAUUGCAUCCAGAAGCUAACUGUUAACCAGUACAGCUCUAUUGGAGCAGUUGUCAGCGUUUCAGAAAACCCCAACUCCAAUUAAAACCUCCGAGGCAAGCAUUUUCUCAAAAUUCCAUUUAUUAGAGGAAGUAUACUGGCACAUCUGGGAAAACCCAAAUCGGAGAGUUUCGAGUUUUCCCUAAGUAAAUCAAAAUGCUCAAAUCCAUCCCCUGCACCCAUCAGUCCAUCACAUUGUCCAAUCACCAUCCGUCCCAUCUCAAGAUAUCAUUCCAACCACUCCUUCUCCAGAUAAAGACUGUCAUGACCUUGACCAAAAAGAAGAAUGCUAUUUUGUCUAACUACAUUCCCUCUACUAAAUCCCCCCUCCUACUUUCCCACACAAAAGAAGGUAGCAGCAUGGAAGCUUCCGUUGCUAAUAUGGCUUCCAAAGCUGGCAGCAGUAUGUCACAUGGGCAUACCUCAAAAUGUCUAUUACUGCCUACACACUACAUCUUGGACUAGUAUUCAAGGGCAGCCUCUAGAGAGUGCUGUGCAGCAGUUUGACCAAGGUGUGUCUGACUGCCUGAAAGACCUCUUGCUCCAGGAAAUCAUCUGUAUAAAUGCCCUCUUUGCCACAGCUCCACAAUAGAAGUAUGAGUCCAAAAUAAUUCCAAAUUAUGUAAAUGGCAAAUACCACUCAUCCCAAUACUAGAGAGCUUAAAUGUAUAGAAUCACUUGGUCAUGUUAGGACCAAGGAUUGUUCCUCCCUGUACAGAUCAGAACUGCUUUUAAAAAGUGACAGCAUCACUUGAAUGGCCUGGAGUCGGAACUACACCACAAUUUAAUUACCAUACUGAUGAUACUGAACCCUGAACUGAAAGAUGACCUGAUUCCCGGUCUGAUCUACCUGGUGGAACUGAUAGCCCCACUCUCAGUCUCUCCAUCUGAUCCAAAGAAUACCAUGAUUUAUGUUGCUGAGUGAUCAAGAGUCACUAGGAUGGAUGCACCAUUCCCAUCUGAACUCUUCAUGUAUCUAUACUGCACCCUGGUCUGAAACCUGAUUUGAACUGGUCCAGAUUGUCCUUGGGAGCAAUCGUCUGACUACCUUUUCUGUCAUGCUCCAGGAAAUUAACAACUUGCCUCCAGACGUUGUGAAUGCUCCAACACUGGAAGUUUUUAAGAAGCAAUUGAACAACCAUUUGUCUGAAAUGAUAUAGGGCAGUGGUAGUUAACCUGAUCCCUACCACCCACUAGUGGGCGUUGCAGCUUUCAUGGUGGGCAGUAGGGGUUUUGUCCAAUACUGAAGCACUUUCCUUUUUUUAAAUUUAAUUGACUUUUUAAAAAAAAUUCAUAGCGUUAUUUAAAAACACUUUCAUUAGGUUUUCAUAAAAUUCCCCAUGGCAAUUUAAAUUUCUGAAAAUAUACUAUUUGUAUCGCCCGCGCAUAAGUUUAGUUCACGUUACGUAAGUGAAACUAAAUGGUGCCAUAGUGCAACCGAAAACAAAAGAGCCUUGUCUCAGAAUAGCUCGCGCAUCUCCCCCUGAACCAGUGGGUGGUUAGAAAAUUUUACUACUAACAGAGAUACAAAAGUGGGCGUAGGUAUAAAUAGCUUGACUACCCCUGGUAUAGGGUUUCCUACCUGAGCGACAAGGGGGGCUGGACUAGAAGACCUCCAAGGUUCCUUUCAACUUUCUAUUCUAUUCUAUUCUAUUCUAUUCUAUUCUAUUCUAUUCUAUUCUAUUCUAUUCCAGUAGAUAGAUUCAGAUUCAGGCUGCAAAAUUCCAUCUGCCCACUUGGUGACAGCAAAUAAUUCAGAAAUCUAUAACUCCUUACUAAAAUUUGAAGCUAGUUCUCUAAAGGAGCGCUCAAAUGUAUAAUCAGCUAUAAAUUGACAUCAAAUGGCUAUGAAUGAAAUGGAAGACAUUUUUUUUCUGAAACCUGAUAGAGUUGUUCUGUUGUCACAAGUGGGAGGAUAUUUCCCAUGACUUGAUAGAAUUCUAAAAAUGGAAACUAUUCAGGGCAAUGCUCAGGAGGAAAACCACAGAACAGAAACAUGCCAUUCCUCUAUUUUAAGCUUUUUACUUCAAUAUACUGCUGCAAAUUUAUAGUAUAUUUCAAGGCCAACAACAACAUAAAAUGGCCCCAAAUUUUAUCUGUGCCCUAAAAGGAAUCAUGCCCUAGAUAUGUUUUCUUAAUUGACGUGAUUCAUAUUCAUAUCUGUUGCUCUUUGCUUUGAAACAAACAUACAUAGAAAAGAAGCCAUAAUGAGUGCAAAUUUCUCAUGAACUUUGGCACCCAGAGUUCAACAAAAAUGCUGAGAAAAUAUUCUGCUUUAGCAGUCUGAAAAGAAGAACAAAUUCCAAAGUGCAUGAAAUGUUGAUAGUUGAUUACUAGCCAAGCUUUGCUUUUGGUGUUUUGAGUUCUUGCACAUUAAGUGAGAGUGGUUAACCUCUCCAAGAGAUGGAAAAAAGUUAUUUUGUAAAAAUAGCAGCUGGUUUGUAAACAGCUGCAUUAAGAAGCAGUUCUGGAGAAAUAGUUGGACUAAUUGACUGGAUUAAAAGAUUUCCAAGGUCCCUUCCAGCCCUAUAAUUCUAUUCUGUCAUGUCCUGUUCUACUCUACCCUACCCUAUCCUACCCCCCCCACACCCUAUCCUACUCUACCUAUCCCAUCCCAUCCCAUCCUAUCCCAUCCUAUCCUAUUCUAUCCUAAUAUCUGUGCCUAAAAUAUAUUGUGCUGAAAUAUCACUGGCUCUGCCCUGAGAGGAAAAUAUAACCCAAGGUUUCUGUAUGCCUAAAUUUGUAAAUGUCAUGAUCAGAAUAUGGAAAAAGAGAAUACUGUUCCUAUUUUAGAGGGCAGGGCAAAACCUCCAAGAUUUGUAGCAGUUGUGGAAUGGAAGAAAAGUUUGCUUGUGGAAAUCCAAUCUUUCCAAAACAAACCUACAUAACUUUCUUGAGAGAGAGAGAAUGAUUUCUCUGCUUUACCAUUCACAGAGAGGAAGUAUAGCAAGCAAUUGCAUCUGAAGACUUGGACUCUUUUUACUCAAUUUACUUUAUCAUUUAAUUCCAAAACCUUUGCUUAUUCUGGCAUUAGUGAGAUAACAAUUUGUCUAUUUUUCCUUUUGCUUUCAAAAGAUAUUUGCUUUGAACUUGAUCAUUUGAAAUCAUCUUUGUAGAUAUUUUUCUGAACCAGUUCUUUGGAAAAGAGACGCCAGGAAUAGAUUCAUCUUUUCUGGACUUUUUUUUGUAAAUAUAGAUUUUUUUAUGUAUGUUCUUUACAUAUUUUUUUCAUUUAUUUUGUAUUUCACCUUUUUAUUAAAAAAAAUAGAGAUUUUUUUUUUAUGUCAGCUAAUAUAAUGAAAUGUUGCAGAACUUUCAUUUGCCUGUUUGAUGUAUACUACUGCAUACAUGAAGUUCAAAUCCUGGAGCUAGCAAGCUGAUACAAAAUGUUCUAGAAUCUUUUGGUGUGUAGCAAGCCCAUACAGCAGAGAAGUAAAGCGAAAUAGGUCUUGUGACAGAGAUUUUAAAUACAUUUGACAUACGAUGCAAAUUCUGAACAGUUUUACUGACAGAAUUCGAAAACACAUCAAUGAAAAAUAUUUGUUCUGUCUUUGUGUUCCACUUUUGCAAAUAAAAAUGUAGUAUACCCAGAAUGACAUUGACAAUAACUUGUCUCCAGAUCUAGGUCAGGAAAUGGAAAUAAUUUUUACAAAAUUCACAACUUCCUGCCUUUAUCACUUCAACCCAUUUAUACAAACUGAUGUGAUUUAAAAGAACAAUUAUUGAUUUAUUCCAUUAAUUUAACUGUAGUACAUUUACUUAGUAGGAACAUGCAAGAUAGUAGGAUGGUAGGAUAAUUUGUUUCUAAUUCUAGACGAACAUUCUAAUAACAGUAUUAAAGUAUUUUAUUAAAUUAACCUAAAUGAAAUAGGUUUGCUGUUACAAAUGUUUAAUUGUUUUCUCCAUGAAUUAUCAAUGUUUUAACUGUUUGUAUGCUCAAUGUUCAAAGUUUCUCUAAAUUUGUAAGAUCUUUUGCAAUAUGUGGAUACCCAUGGAAACAGUAAAAAUAUUAAAUCUAUAAUCACCUGCAGCAGUUCUUCCCCUUUCUCCCUAUAUUGCCCAGUGUGAUUUAAGGAAAACUAAUAGGAAGUAUAAUUUGUAUUUAAUAUUCUUCAGUAAAUGCAUCAAGUCUUUCCAUAUGUGUAUGAGUAUAUGUCCAGGGGUGGGAUUCAGCCAGUUCGGACCAGUUCCGGCGAACUGGUAGUUCCAACAAUCAGCUGGCCCCACCCACCUGCACUAUCCUGUCCUAUAUUUCCUUCUUUCUGGCUCAGCUGAUUCGAGCAGCACAGCUGAUUCUACUUACUGGGGCUGCCUUAGAAGGUAAGCAGCUGAGCUUCAAAUUGCUGCAUUCUGAACGCUGCACGCAAGCGUGUUAGGCGCACAUGCGCGAGCUCACCGAACCUGUCAUUAAACCGGUUGCAGCCCAUCCCCGUAUAUGUCUUUUCUACUUUUCCAGUGAAAGUCAUAAUAUAUCCAUGGAGCACUGCAGUAGGAGAAUACUCAAAACUAAUUAAUGUAAAAUGGAUAUUAAAACAGAUUGGUGGUCUUAAAACUGCAGUGGAAAUACCACUCUUUUGAAUGUGGAAUUACAUGUUACUUAGUGUUUCAAUCGGCUGUUACUUUAAUGAAUAGCUUGCUUGUCCCCUGUAUUUUUUAAAAAAAUAUUGUUUCUUUUUAAAACAUCAUAACAUCAUUAUUACUUUUCAGUUACUUUCACUGAACCAUCCUUUCUGUUUCUUACCAUGUCCAGCAAAUUAGGAAAAUGAGCUUAGUGUGAAAGUUGUACAAAGUCAUGUCUUAAAUAUCUUGCAUUUUGGGGAUCAAUGAAUAUAUGAUGGAACAAUAACAAUUAAAGACUCUUCCAGUAAACUGAAAUUUUAUAGGGCAUGACAUUUUUGAAAAGAAAGUGAGAGUGUGCAACUGCUUCUAUUACAUGAAAUAGGAACUGAUACUUUGGGUAACAAACGAUUCUAAAAGCUAAAAACACAUUUAAAGCAAGCCGAUGAACCUAGAUGCACUAGAUUUACAACAUCAGUUUAUAGCAAAGAGAUAUCUAAGCCAAAUAUCAUUGCCUGCAGGUUUUCAGAAACAAGACUGUUAAA